GCGCGGCCAAUCAGCUCCCGCAGAUGGAGGGGGCGGGAAGGCGUCCUAUGUUGUCUUGGCGACCUGAGCUGGGCAUUGGGUGCCCCAUGCACAUGGAUGUGUGGUAGUGGAGGGACCCCACCUGUCACACCCUGAGAGUGGAAUGGCCACCUUAUUGGACCUGGAUGAGACUUUGUGCAAGACACCAGUAUGUCAGCAUCCGCAGUGUUGGGUGACCUUCAGGAGGCUCAAACUGGGUCACCCUCGAUACCGGCCACUAGGUUCUAUUACUAGGACCCCCCAAAUGGAUCCAGAUGGACUUCCAGUGCUGAGUGUAACCACUAUGCCAAAUAACCAGAACCUUCCGAAUAAACAGAAUGUCCAGGGUGAACCUUCUUUAGUUACCUUUAGUAGAUUGCCUUCUUCUAUGUACAACCUCUACAACAGUGCCACCUUCAGCAUGGACAAGAUCCUCUUUCCGGGCAUGAAUUCCUACAGUGAAAUCACAGUGGCCUCCAAAAGUGUGGCCUCAUUCCUCUCUACCAAGAAACCUGGAAAGGUGGCAACAGUGGACCCAUGCUUACAAGAUCUAAAGACCAACCACCCGACGAUGGUUUGGGUGCCAAAUUCCCAGCAGAAAUUCCAGCAACAAGAAAAGAGAGAAAAACCUUUAAAAGUUCAGAUUAAAGAGCUGACAUUUACAGAUGUGGCUGGACAGCUGAGAAGGGGAAAUCAGGACCCAGAUGUGUCAAAAAUUCGGAAAGUGAAUAAGACACCUACAGGAGGAUGCCCUCAUAACCUGAUUCUUACCAGAUCCCCAAUACUAAGACAGACGCAUUCCAGGAAAUGGAUGACAGCAAGCUCUGUAAAGGAAAACCGAGAGGAGGUCAACAGAAGCAAGAGGAGAUCUUAUGAGCAUCACUCAUAUUCAGAAUCCCAGCAUGAUCCUGGCCCGGGCAGUCUGUCACCAGAGAACCGACGUGUGGUUUUAUAUGAUAGCAGAAGCAAACACCGCAGCAGUCCAACCAUCUCGCAGAGUAGCCCGGUAUACAAGCUGGAUGAGCAGAACCUUGAUGCUCUUGACAAUUUAGGAAUUGAUUUGAACCGCAUUAGGAACCAAACUUACUUGUGGAAGAAAUAUAUUGGCCUAACCGGACCCAGCAGCAGAAUACAGCCACCAGCCACAGGCUCGGUGGAUUGUUAUACAGAAAGAUCACACGAUUUAGACAGCAGAGACUCUCCUUCUUCGACUGGAUUUUCACAGACCUCCUGGACAGAAUUGGAACCAUCUGACGCACCUUUAGAUUUGGAACCCAGAAAGAAAAAUGAACAAGACUUCCCAGGAGAGCAGACUGGAAAAGCAGAGUCUAAUCAACUGCAAGGAGUCAAGAACACCCCACAAGAACCUCCAGACUUUGAAAGUGAACACCUUCUCAGGAAAGGGGAGUCUCCAAAAGAAAAUGAAUUGCCUAACAAUUCAGAACCCAUUAGCCAAGAUACAGAAGUGACUGAAGGCCAUGGUUCCUCUGAGCAGAGAAUUCCAUCACCACAGCCCUAUCCUCCCCCUCCCUCCCCAACACAAUUGGGCAUAAACUGAAUUAUGUAUGUAAGAGAGUUCAUAAUAAAACUUGUAGAUAAAUA